UCUAAAAUUGGUAUAUCAGAUUCGGAAAAAGGCUAUCGGGUUUCUCUCUCUAGGGCUUCAAUGGUGUGCAGGGUCCGCGCGGCUCUCGCUGCUAAGCCCUGCAUAUUGUAACAAUAAGGCAGAAAGAGAAAGGUGGUCUCUCAACCUAGGGCUAGGGUUUCUCUCUCUUCAUCUAUGGAUGCCCUGGCGGACUGCACCAACAAUGGUGGCCAUAUCCAGCACCUUCAGGUUGACCGCUUCUUGUUGGAAGCUCUUCAGAAUCCUCGCCAUCGCCUCACCGUUUUGCGGAUGGAGUUGGAUAUUCAGAUGCUCAUGAAGAAUCCCGAGCAACAACAGCUAGAACUCCCACAUUUCCCAACUUCAUAUCUUCGACUUGCUGCCCACCGUGUUGCUCUGCACUAUGGUCUUCAAUCAAUGGCAUCUGAUAACACGGCUGAUGGCUCAGGAAGCAGGAUAAUAGUUCGUAAGACACCAGAAAGCAGAUACCCAUCGAUCUGUUUAUGUGAAAUUCCUGCAAAAAUGUCAGAAACUGACAAGCCAGAACAUGUUAAAAUUGCCAUUAAGCCAAGACCACAAAAAGCUGCCCCUAAUGAUGCAACUGAUCAGGGCAUUAAGAGAAGCGCAGUUCGAAGUGUAGAAGAGAGGAAGGAGGAGUAUGAUAGAGCAAGGGCCCGCAUCUUCAAUGGCUCGGGCAGUUCAGAUUCAGAGGUUGUAUCUGCUCCGGCUGCAACAGAUGGGAGGAGCUCUUGUUCGAGUGGAGAUGAAAAUGAGAGUGGUGACCUAAAUGUUCAGGAUGAGGUUGAGAAGACCUGUAACAGGGAUGGCAUUUGUAGGGUUGCGAUUUUCAGGGACCGGGAAAAGGAUCGGAGUGACCCUGAUUAUGACCGGAGUUAUGAUAGGUACUAUCGGGCUUUUCCUUCUAACCAGAACUUCAACUUGGCGGCUUUCAAUAUGCAAAGUUUUCAGUCUCCAUUCCUUCAGUAUGAAACUGGGUUUCCACAGAUGGGGCAGUUGUCAACGAACCAGAGUUCGGUAACCUAUAGGCCUUCAAACCCGAUCAUUGGUCCAUUCGGUGCUGUUGGGCUAGCUCCAAAUUCCAGGGGUGCUGUGUAUCUUCCUUGUCCAAGCCCUACUAUGAUGUAUGCUCAUUCAUACGAUCAUCUAAGGCAAGCUAUGAUACAGGCUCCAUUAUAUCAGCAAUCUUUGAGCUUUGACCAUGGCCAGCAUCAAUAAUACCAGGGAACUGCUUGUAUCAUCAUGUUUUACCUUAUAUUAGGUUGGUAUAGGAGGUUGACAGGUAGCUAGAACUCUCAAAAUUUAAACUCAUGUUUGCCAAAGGCUAUUGAAGGAAUGGGUACCUUUAUAACUGAUUGGUAUUUAGCUCUUUUAGUAUGUAGCAGACUGCUAAUUCCUAGUUCUCUUGUUUUAUUGUCAUGGCUUCGUGUGUACCUAUACCACUUCCUUUGGAAUUUGUUCAUUCUUUUUUGGCCACAGAGCAGCAUUCUUUUUGGUUCUGCUUUA